GUCCUGGAAAGUGCUCCUCCCGGGUCGUGGAGCUGUCGGCCCCCUCAGAUUCAGGUUCCUUCUGAGGUGGAGAGCGAUGCGAGAGAGCCUGGGCUGAGGCUCCAGGAGCUGUGGGCCAUUUUGGGGGCUGUGCAGGUGUGUCUGAAUUGAAAGAUGUCCCUAAGUCCACCGACAUUUUUCAAAGACGGCAAAGAUUGUGAAUCAGAAUUACAAAAUACUUCUUUAACUAGUGAAGAUCCACUUCAAAACUUAUGUUUAGCAUCUCAGGAAGUUCUUCAAAAAGCCCAGCAGAGUGGUAGAGCCAAAUGUCUCAAAUGUGGAGGCUCAAGAAUGUUCUACUGCUACACAUGUUAUGUUCCAGUUGAAACUGUUCCAAUUGAACAGAUUCCAGUUGUAAAGCUUCCACUGAAGAUUGAUAUUAUCAAACAUCCUCAUGAGACAGAUGGCAAAAGUACUGCAGCACAUGCUAAACUCUUAGCACCUGAAGAUGUGAAUCUUUACACAUAUCCUUGCAUUCCAGAAUAUGAAGAAAGGAAACAUGAAAUUGUACUUGUUUUUCCUGGUCCCGAUUCUGUCUCAGUAGAAGAUAUUUCUCUUUAUUUGCAUAAACAUAUUCCAAGUAAUGCUUUGGAUAGUAGCAAAAAUGACAGAUCUGACAACCUACCCAAUAAACGCCAAAAAGUGGAAGGAGAAGAGGAUAGAGAUGUAGGAGACAUCAACAGGAAAGAUGACUCCUUGCUGAAGAAAGUAAUUUUUAUAGAUAGUACCUGGAACCAGACCCACAAGAUAAUUGCUGAUGAACGACUUCAAGGUUUGUUACAAGUUGAGUUGAAGACAAGGAAAACUUGCUUUUGGCGUCAUCAGAAAGGAAAGCCAGAUACCUUCCUUUCAACAAUUGAAGCUAUUUAUUAUUUUUUAGUAGAUUACCACACGGCUGUUUUAAAAGAGCAAUACAAAGGACAGUAUGACAAUCUUCUAUUUUUCUAUUCAUUUAUGUACCAAUUGAUAAAAAAUGCCAAGAAUACUGUGGGAAAGUAGCAAGAAAUUAGUUCUAUUAAUUUGUAAACAGAAUAAUUUGUUAACUUUUUGGUCAUGUUUGAUAAACUUGUAAUGAAUAUUGUGCUCUAUUUUUUUUAACAAACUAAGAAAGCUAAUGGGUACCAAGAAUGAAGAAUAAAAUCGGAGAAUAGCUAUUAAAAAAUAAAUUUUUAAAAAAUUAUGUGAACUUUAAAACUAUGUUUUUACACUUGCCAAAAGUAAAUACUGAUGUCCAAGGGAGUUGUUUGAAAAAUUGACUGGAGAAUACUCACUUUUAAAUUUAUGUGGUAGUAAACAUAUUAGUCUUUUAAUUUGACAAUUAUAUUCAACUUAAAUUGAAUUAUUAUACUGUAUUUCAAAAUAUUUGAUAACUUAUCACAGCUUAUAUAAUAACUGUGUAGCUGAGCAGUUAUUAAUAUCUUCAUUUUAUACAUUGUCAGACUAUGGCAAUGAGGAAUUUAGUGAUUUGUUCAAGAUUAUGUAGCUGAUGUGGGUUAGUGACAGACCAAGAGCUGUAAGUCUUCUAACUCUUGAAGUUCUAGCCAGAUUUUUUGGUAGUUAAUAUUAUCUUAAAAACCUAACAACUUACUUUGAUAAGUUCACAUUUAAAAUAUCAUAAUUAAAAACUAAAAAUAAGAUAUGCAGAGAAAUCUAGAAAAAACCCUUUAUUAAGUAAAUAAUGCAAAGAAAAAACAGAAUUACAAGAAUGAUUACUAUAUAAGAAACAAAGUGAAUGGAAAUGAAUGGACAAAGAAUCCUGGUGAAGAUUCAGGAGGGACUAAAAUUUUUAUGAUGUUUUAUGUAUUAAAAUUAAUUGAAAUGUAAAUAAUUAAGAGCAAAUUUAGUUGGUCUUAUUCAUGUUCCAAUGUUGGGCUUUCUUUUUAAAAAUAUUUUCAAUUUUUUUUCAAUUACCUGUAGAACAAUUUUUGAAAAUUGUUUUCUGACAUUUUGCAGUUCAGAUUUUCUCCCUCUCUCCAUUGCCUCCCUGAGGCAGUAAAUAGUCUGAUAUAGGUUAUAUCAGUGCUUUCAUGCAAUACAUGUUAAAUUUUCAAUAAAACAUUUUUAAAGCAUUA